AUGGAGCCGAUCUCCGCCGCCGAUAAGUCGGCGCCGACAUCGGCCGACUUUCCCCUUCGGGUGCAAAUGGGUCGCGGUCUCAGCUUCACCUUAGAGUGGAACGACUACGCCGUCCUUCGCGACCAAAAGAAAGAGUUCACCGAGAGAUGCUUUGGACUCGCCAUCAGGUUCGCUUGGUUUGACAUUGGGCGGGACGACCUGCGGUUGUGGGUGCUCGGGAUCGGCCCGCUUCGAUCGGCCAUGAAAGCCGCCGACCAUUCUUGCUUUGCUAAGGCUUUCGACGCCGACAUCGCCGCUAUCCCGCUGAAAUCGACCGGCGGCCCGCUUCCAGGGUCACACUGCAGCGUCAUAGCCAUCCUCUACCCAGGAGAUGUGCUGAAGGCUGAGGGACAGGUCUGCAGGACAUCGAUCCGGCACAUCGACCCGCACACCGGAAAGGGGAAGCACCGCGACGAGGCCGUCCGCGUCCUGAAGCUAUUCCGCACGGCUGCCCUGGCCGAGCUGGGGCGUCCCGGUAGGAAGUGGGACGGGGCGCCUCCAUCACAAGCAGUGGUGGAGGAAAGGCUUGCAGACUGCGACGACCCUAUCCGCGACAAAGUGCCGGGCACAGUGUCGGACGGGCAUGUCGGCACCGGCAUGCUUGCCGCGACGUCGUUCGGGUGGGUGGCCAAGCAGAUCGGCCUGCUGACGGGCGACAAGGCUCGGAGCGCUGUGAGCAUCGAGAACAUCAAGGUCGCGGGUUUGAGGUCGCUCCGUGAUAGCAUGGUCGAUUACAUCUGCCAUCGUGUCGCCGAAAACCGGAUAGCGGCGCCGACUUCAGGCGCCGACGGACCCGCCGAGGGUGCGAUUGAUGACGACGGCGCGGAAAGUCAGACGGCGCCCCAAGCAGCAGCUGCCGCCCAGCUCCAGGAGGACUUGCCGGUGUCCGCGGAAGGAGGAACCGGUGGAGGACUAGGCGACGAUGCGGCAGGCGCAGGGAGGAAGGAAGAGGAGUUGACGGACUCUGGCUCAGAGUCGGAGUCGGAGGGGGAGGAGGAGGACGAAGGGGAGAAGGAGAAUGAGGACGAGGAGGAUGACGAGGGCAAGGACGAGAACGACGAGGUGGUGGAGGUGGUGGCUGGGAAGGACGAGGCGGCGCACGAGGAAGGGGUGGAGGAGGAGGUGGAGUACGAGCUGGAGUACGCAGACGGCACGAGAAGAACGAGGAAGCGGAGGAUGGCGAUGCGGGUAAUGCUACGGGGUCGGCAGGUGAGGGGAAGGAAAAGGAUGAGGUCGGCGUGGAGGCAACGACGGAAACGGGCCAGGAGGAGGCGGCAUGCGAAGGUGCGAAGGUGUCGGUCGACGCCGGCGAAGGGCCCUGCAACGGACGACGUCGAGGAGCUGCGACGGGAGAACUUGCUGUUGAGGGCGGAGAACGCUCGGCUGCAGGGUUUGCUCGAUGCGGAACGGGCUCGGCUGGACGCGUUUUUUGUUGGGCUACGUGGACUCGUCGACCACCUGAAGGAGUUGGCCGAGCAGGUCGACGACACCGAGAAGUAUGCGGCGGAACAGCUGCGAAACGCGGCGGAGGCCAUGUCGCAGACCAUCACGGGCAACAUCACCGGCAGCUUCGACGAGGCGUGGAAGACGAUGAAGACCUUCGCGGAACAGGCGUCGGCGUGGCUGGAGGACUUCGACAACCCGGAGGGAAAUGUGGCGUAUCAACGCGCCUUAGCGGUCACCACCUUGGCCGACCACGUCGACAAGGUGGUGGGCGAUGCGCAGGAGGAUUUGCGGGAGCACAUCACGAGCCAGUUGUCCGCCGCAGCUGUCAACAUCGCCACAGCUGUGACCGGCAGGCUCCCCGUGCAGCCGCCGCCACCGCCUCAGCCCACGCCGCCCGCCCUCCCGGAAGAGCUCUUGAAGUCGUUCAAGGCCGACAUCAUGAAGACGGUGACGGAGGCCACCGAGCAGUCGUUCGUUGCGUCCGGGAUGAAGAUGUUGACCGAGAUGAUCGGCACGGUGGCGCCUGGUCGACGUGGUUCGUCGCCUUCGGCCAAUGACGCCGACGCCGCGCAACAGAGGGCGGCCGACAAGCAAGGCCUGAAGAGGUCGGGCGACGGUGACGACAAGGAGAGCUCGAAGCGGAGCAAGGGAUCGGACGGGAGCCGCGUCACGAAGCCUCCUGCGCGGAGCGUGGUCGACAUGCUGAAGGCGAAGGGGUGGAAGGUGAGGGGAGGGUCGACCAGCAAGGGAAGCGGAAGCGGGGGGGCGGACGGGAGACCUGCCGACGGGAUCGCGGCUAACGUCGAUGCACCGCCUGGCCCGCCUUUGGACGCCGAGCAGACCCAUCCUCAGGCGAGCGGUGGGAAGGACGCGGCCCCCACUGCCCAGGCGGCGAAAGUCGGAGGCGCCGGAACCACCCAGGGGCCGUCUGACGCGGUGCCGGCCAAGGGCAAGGCGAUGUCUGCGUCUGCUACGGUCGCCGGAACCGGCACGGCGAAGGCUGCCUCUGCUUCAGUCCCCGGAACCGGCAAGUCGAAGGCUGCUUCUGCUACGGUCGCCGGAAGCACCAAGUCGAAGGCUGCUUCUGGUACGGUCGCCGGAACCACCAAGUCGACACCAUGUAACCCGCCUGCGGCAACCACCGGGCCCGCCGGCCAGACAGGUGCGGGGAAGCAUGGGGAGGCCCGUGCGGCCCCUCCAGCUCCAGCAGCCCCUACUGCCGCCAAGGUCGACGCGAAGGCUGCUUCGGCACAGGGGCCACCCGGGAGUAACGCGCUUAGGGUGUUGCUCCACCGCAUGGAGUCCCACCGCCCGGGCGCGCAGCAGCAUCAUGUGGUCGACGCCGGCCUCGCAGAAAUAGCACGUCGCUCCGUCACUCCGCACGUUGCCGGCAAACCGUCCGAUGCCCAAUCUGCCGCGCGGCCGGUCGCCGCCCCACCGCCUGCGGACCCCAAGUCCGCGUUUCUUCGCGCCCAUAUAGGCGCACGCAAAGCGGCAGCUCCACCAGUCACUCAGCCGGAACCCGGCACAAGCGCGACGCCGACGGCUGUAAAUGCGACCGCAUCCUCCCCAGGAGCAGCUGUGGUCGAUCUGGCGGCGGAGAGGGGAGUCAGUGCAGCGCUAGCCACCGGCGGCCGCGCCGACAGGCAUGCCGCCCUCGAAUCCGUCCUGGCCCAGUUUGAGGCAGCAAAACGGCCCGAGCAUGCCCCGGCACUGGCCAUCGUGGACACGGCGCAUGCGGAGCCGUCGGCGACCAACACAGGGGGUUCGGCGGAGCCGACGGCCGCAACGGGUGUUGUCGCCGAGGGAAAUGCGGGACGGAAGGGUAAGGACGACACCGGGAAAGGGAAGGCGGUGUCGGCGGGGAAGGAGAUGGCGGAAGACAAAGGGAAGAAGCCGGCACGGAAGACGGGCGGCAAGGGUAAGUCGGCAAAGAAGAAGGAGGAGGAGGAGAAGGAGGAGGAGGAGGAGGAGGAGGUGGGGGAGGGGGAAGAGCAUGGACGCCGGGGUCAUGGCAUCCGCCGAGACAGGUCUGGCGACGGGCAGGGGUGGGUGGGCGAGAUGAAGUUCAAGAACCAGAAUCGGUACAUCGGCAAGUCCCGCGACAAGAUGGAGCUGGCCUACGAGCACGCGAUUGCGUACUCCGUCUACGACGGCUACGUGAGCAAGGUGCUCAUGAAGGAGCUCACCGCCUUGAAGCCGGGAGAGUUGGAUGAAUGGAAGGCGGUGUGGGAGGAGGUCAAAAUCCUGCCGACCGGGAUGUGGACGGUGAUGUGGGCCAGAGGCUUGUGCCAUCCGAGUAAGUCGGUUACCGACAUGCCGUGUUUUGACGACCAAGUCGGUGUCAUUAAUUCUAUGUGUACGUGUUCGCUCGGCAGGUUCGACGACAUACUCGGCAGGUUCCGUGGGUACGCAGGUUCGGGUGAUGCGCUUCAUGGCGUGCUCUGGCCGGCGAUGUGGUUCCCCAUCAUCGAGGACACGGAGGAAGGCAGGGCGGAGACAAAUGCAAACAUGUCGGCGAUGGUGAAUCGCGUGUCGAUGUGCGCGGCGUAUGGAAAGGUCGCGGCGAGAGUCGCGUAUGGGAAGGUCGACGGGAGCGCGGAGGCGACCGCGGGAGAGACGACGGAUAUGGAAGGCGCGGACAGGAAGGCGGACGAGAAGGUGCAGAUGGGGGCCCAGGCGUUAGCGGCCUCUGCAUGCGCCCUCUGGUGCUACAUGUCGACGCCGGCGUCGGUGCUCGGUGCUGUGGGCGAAGGUAAGGCGGCCGCGAUUCUGGCAGGUGCGGGGAAGGAGAGGGGCGAGCACUUCGCGAUGGUCAUGCACGUGGUUAUCGAACACGCACGCACUCGGCAGGCUCCCGCGGGGGAGGUUGCACAUAACGUCGCGCCAGAGCUGCAGCGCUAUGGAGUGGCCAGGGCCUUCGAGGCGGGCAUUGAGGAAGACGAGGCCGACAUGAUCGCAAGAGCGACGGUCGAGACCUUGGCGUUCUGGGGAAUGUGCCCCCUCGACGGGCCCAAGCUCAAAGCGGAGGGCAUCGAUGUGCCGUGUGACGCGAAGAUGGAGUACGACUUGGAUCACAGGGGGAGGAAGGGGGAGAAGGUCAAGCAGGCCAAGGGCAGCAAGAGGAAGAGGUAG